CCGUCGAACCGGGUAAACCCGACCCAGAUUAACGGGUUUAACCACCAGUCACCUUAACGAUAUCAAAACCCUAAUCUAAAACCCUUGCUUCUUCUGUCUGUUGUUUGUUUGCCGUCAUCGUUCUUGAUUUCAUACAUUCAUAUCGUUUAACCUAUCAAAACAAUGGUGGGUCCACUCUACAAGAAUCUUGACACAGCAAUGGAAGACAAUGAAGAAGAGUUGAACAACAUACAAGACAUUGAUGAUGAUGAUGAUGUUGAAGAAGAAGAAGAAGAACAGAAUUGGGAUGAUUGGACUGCUGAUGGAGAAGAAGGGGAAGAAGAUGACCUGCAAUUGCUCUGUUUGUUCUGUGAGAAUAGAUUUAAAUCAAGUGGUUCACUCUUUGACCAUUGCUUUUCAAGCCAUAGUUUUGAUUUUAAAACCAUCAAGACUACAUUCAAGUUGGAUUUCUAUGGUUGUUUUAAGCUCAUCAACUAUGUUAGAUCUCAGGUGGCAAAUAAUCAAUGUUGGAGCUGUGGAAGUACCUGCAAGUCUAGGCAAGCGCUACAAGAUCAUUUACAUGAACCAUCGGGUUUUGAAAACAGUAAUCUUCCAUGGGACAAUGACAUGUAUCUUAAACCGUAUAUGGAAGAAGAUAAUCUUUUGUAUAGUUUUGAUGAAGAUGAAGAAGUUGACGAUGAUGAUGACACAGUCAGAAAUAUCGAUGGUUUCGAAAAGAUGAGCAUUGAUGACGAAACUGAUCUGGAAUCAUAUGCUUCUGAUCUUAAUCUUCUUAAAUCCUGCAAAGAGAAUGAAGUGAAAGGGGGUACUUCUGUUUCUGCAACUAACGGGGAGAGCUCGGAUGAUAAAAGAUCAAGUAAUUCUUUUGUGAAGGCAGCGAACCGUGAUAUUAUGAUUGUGAAUAAGGACUAUUUUGGCUCGUAUAGCUCAUUUGGUAUACACAAAGAGAUGAUUAGUGAUAAGGUAAGGACAGAUGCUUAUAGACAAGCUAUUGUAGACAAUCCUUCUCUUAUUAAGGGUGCUGUUGUUUUGGAUGUCGGUUGUGGCACCGGGAUACUAAGUCUAUUUGCAGCACAAGGAGGGGCCUCAAUGGUAAAUGCGGUUGAAGCAAGUGGUAAAAUGGCUACAGUUGCCUCUCAGAUUGCAAAGGAUAAUGGUCUGUUGUGGAAUGAAGUUACAAAUGGAAGUACCAAACAGGAAAACGGAGUAGUUAAAGUUAUUAAUAGCAUGGUUGAAGAUCUUAUUGAAUCUGGACAAAUUAAGCCCAAAAGUGUCGAUGUGUUAGUCAGUGAGUGGAUGGGGUACUGCCUACUUUACGAGUCGAUGCUCAGUUCGGUGCUUGUUGCACGUGACCAUUGGUUAAAGCCCGGUGGUGCCAUUCUUCCCGAUACAGCUACCAUGUUUGUUGCUGGAUUUGGAAAAGGUGCAACCAGUAUCCCAUUUUGGGAAAAUGUGUACGGUUUUAACAUGUCUUCUAUCGGUAAUGAGUUGGUUAAAGAUGCUGCUCAUAUUCCUAUUGUCGAUGUGGUGGAUGGAAAUAAUUUGGUGACGAAUACCGCACUUCUCCAGGCGUUUGAUUUGGCAACAAUGAAACCCGACGAAGUCGAUUUCACUGCAUCUGUUCAACUAGAACAAAAGUCAUCAAAUUCAACAGGUGUCGAAUCAACCACAACCAAGUGUUACGGAGUAGUCCUAUGGUUCGAGACGUCAUUCACAAGCAGGUUUUGCAAAGAAGCCCCUACGGUUUUAUCAACGUCACCAUACACCCCUCCAACACAUUGGGCACAAACUUUACUAACUCUUAAUGAACCGAUUUCAUUAUCAUCCAAGAUGUUGACCACCAAGAGUCGUGCAAUGGUGGGCAGUGAAGUCAACCCUGCAGUCAAAAUUGGGGCACGUAUUAGUAUUGCACGGGGUGUUGAACAUCGUAGCAUUGAUAUUUCACUGGAGGUUACGGCUAUUGGGUUUGAUGGUCAAAAGCAAAAAUGGCCCGUGCAGCUGUUUAAUAUGCGUUAGGUCGUUUAAGAAAUAUAAGGUGAUGGUUGUUCCUUGUGGCCUGCAAUUUUGUUGUUUUAGAUAAUUUUGAUAGGAAAGCAACUUUUAUUGCUACUUGUAAUCUUUUUACUCUUGAGUCUCAGUUGUUUUGCCUCUUUUCUUAUAUU